AUGCAACUAAUUCUAAUUACUUUUCUAUAUUAACCAUUAUUAAUUUAUUCUAUUUUAUAAAUCUCUUAUUCUAAUAAUUAUACUCACAUUUAAUCUUCUUUCUUAUUAUAAUAAUUAAUAUGUUAUUAUUUAUAUUAUUUCCAAUUGUACUUUCACAAACUCAAAUCUGCCAAACUUCCGAAUUCAAUUNUUAGAAGAUAGAUUAAUAUAUUGAGUCAGAUAAAAAAUCAUUAAAUACAAUAAUUUGCGAUAUGUGGAAUAGGUGCAAGAAGGAAUCAUACAUCAACUUUGAUGGAUAAUCAAUUAAUAAUAAUUGGAGGAUUUGAAAUAAUGAAUACAAAGCCUAAUUAUUAUGGGGAUAUUCAAAGUAUUAAUUUAAGUACAAUGAGAUCAACAUAAUUAUUAAAGUAGUUUAUGAAAAAUGGAUUAGCUUAUCAUUAAGUGAUAAGAGUAUAUAAAAAGAAUUAAUAUUUUGAAGAGAAAGAGAAUGGUAUAUAUUUAUUUGGAGGGAAAGAUUAAGAGGAUAAUUUUAAUGGAGAUCUGAUAUAAAUAGUUAUAGGAAAUUAGGUUUAAGUUAAUGUAGUUUAAACAGUUGGAUAACAACCAAAGGCAAGAAGAAAUUUUACUAUGAACUAUGAUGAAAAUAGUCAAUGUAUAAUAAUAUUUGGAGGAAUGAAUGAUUUUGAAAUAUUUGAAGAUUUGUAUACUUUAAAUAUUUAAAGUAAAAUUUGGUGUAAUGUGUAAUUGAGUGGAUACUUAAAUUUGAAAGCUAGAUAUGACCAUUGCUCAUUAUAUUCAAAUGAAAAGCUAAUAAUAUUUGGAGGAUUGAAUGAAUUUGGAUAUAUUUUGUUUAAUCCGAUAUUAAUAAAUUUAAAAUUAAAAAGAUAAAAAUUGAAUCAUUAGGAAUGA